UCACCUCUGUCACGCUCACUGCGCCUGUCACGAUCGGUACGCUCGCGGUCCUCGCGGCUUCGGUCACCUCUUUCUCCUCGCUCACUACGAUGUCGGUCCUUGUCGCUUCUCUCGCUACGGUCACGAUCACUACGGUCAUGUCGAGAGCUGGAGGAACGAUGUCUGUCUCUGUCCCGUUCCCUUUCUCUGUCUCUGUCGCUUCCUUCUCCUCUGUGGCGACUGCUUCGACGAUCCGUUCCAUCAUGACCCUCAUAGUCGCGCUUUGCAGAGCCGCCCAUCGGAUUGGAAAGCUCUUCCGUGAGCUCUGAAAGGAAAGAGUUGGCUAACUCUGACGCUCGACCAGACAGUGGCUCGCUCUUGGAGUGAUGUGAUUGGUCCAUGCCGGCGUAAGGGGAUGUGAUGGAGGAAGGAUGGAAGCGGUACCAAGGCCUUUGCUUGGUCCCAUCGUUUUGUUGUUCGAGAACCGCUGAGAAAAUUUAGUGGCUUUGUCCGUGGAUGCAGCA